UGUGUUAUUGUGUCCUUUCGCUCUUCUAUAUAAAAGUUUGUAGCGAGAAUGCCAGUCAAUCCUCUCAUCAUUCGUAAAACCUCUUCAAUGAUAGAUCAGAUGGACAUGGAACACUUCCGUGCGCAUAUGUCUGACGAGGAGAAGAUUGCUGCUGAAGAGAGCCUCAAAGCAACGUAUUGCCCGCCUGUAGAGUUCUACAUCUUUUUCCAGCGUCGUGCUAUUAAGAAUCCCUUGUUUCUUCAGCGAAGUUUGAAUUAUAAGAUUGAAGCCAAACAUCAAAGGAGAAUACAAAUGACUUUGUUCCUUCCGGGCAGUAAAGAUGCUGCUGGUGUAGAAACUCAAGAACUCUUUCCUCUUUUUAUUAUGCUGGCAAGCCUCGUUUCUUCUAAGACUACCGCCAAGUCUUCUGCAAUAUAUAAGUUCAGUCGAACAUGUAUCCUAACUGGGGAUGAUGGAGUUAGUCAACCUCAAGCCAAUUUUCUUCUCCCUCGAAUGGAUAGACUCGCGUUGGAUGCAAAAUCAGGAUCACUCGUUAUCUUAUUUAUCAGCUUUGCUGGUGCGCAAAAUUCUCAAUCUGGCAUUGAUUCAAGCAAGAUCCAUUCAGGAAACAUAGGUGGACAUUGCCUAUGGAGCAAAAUACCCUUGGAAUCUCUCUAUUCUUCGUGGAAGGAAUAUCCAAAUAUGGACUUGGGAGAGAAAGCAACUUCAGUCUCUCUUGUUGAAAUGCAGCCUUGCUUUUUACAGCUAAUGUCUAUGAGUGAGAAGUUUGUCGAGAUUCAGGUUCCCAGCAAUCCCCUCACCUCGAGCUCACCGCAGCAAGUCCAAGUCACCAUAUCUGCACAAGAGGUUGGAGCAACGGAAAAUCCUCCUUAUCGUUCUUCAUUUUCAUUUAAUGACUUCCCUGCCUCUUCAGUAGUGUUGCCAAUUCACAGGUUGAGAAAAGGACAAGUAGCUUUCAAUUACAGUUACUAUAACAACAAAUUACAGAAAACUGAAGUAACUGGAGACUUUACUUGUCCAUUCUGCUUAGUAAAAUGUGCCAGUUUUAAGGGCCUGGAGUGUCACAUGCCAUCAACCCAUGAUCUCUUCAAUUUCGAAUUUUGGGUAAAUGAAAAAUAUCCGGCUGUAAAUGUGUCUCUCAAGAGUGAGGUAACGUUCACCGAGACUAAUAAGGGCGACCCUAACGCAAGGCUGGAACCAUACCCUUUCUCUUCAAUGAAAUCCAGCCGUAGGAAGCAGAAGACUCCGGCAAGGAACCCAAGGCCGAGGCCAAUUAAGACUGACGAUGCUGCUGACUCUGUUAAAAGUGAGAAGAGCCAAAUACCACCUGGGGGUGCUGAGUCGUCUAGUCAAACAGUUCCUCCAGGAAUGGGUCCUGCAGACUUGCAAAUGAUGAACAUGUGGAACUCUUUUAUGAAGAAGCACCGAGUUAUCACAGGUGGUUGCAUCGCAUGUGGAUGUGAGGCGUUCUCAAAACUACACGGACCCUUCUUGGUCCGAAAUCUGGACUUGCUCUGGUGCUGGAAAAAGUAUAUCUGGACACUGAAGAUUUAUGGCCGCCUUGACGCCCAAACCUUGAACAACUGUAUGGUGCUUUUCGAACAGCUUGCAAAUUGAAG